AUGUGCCGCCGCUGUCCGGGGCGCGGGGACCUGCGGGAGGAGCGGGAGAGGCCGGCCGGGUCCCCGCGGAGUGGCUGGGUCAGCCCGGGGCGUCCCGGUUCCCGCGAUCACCGGAGGCGUUGGGCGGAACGGGCUCGUGCCGUUGUCCUGCUGGACUCGAAGGAAUCUCAGGCAGAGCUGGGCUGGACCUCGCACCCGUCGAACGGGUGGGAAGAGAUCAGCGGCGUGGAUGAGAACUACAGGCCGAUCCGCACGUACCAGGUGUGCAAUGUCAUGGAGCCCAACCAGAACAACUGGCUGCAGACGGGCUGGAUCGCCAGGCGCGACGGUCAGAGGAUCUUCAUCGAGCUCAAGUUCACCCUGCGGGACUGCAACAGCAUCCCUGGCGUGAUGAGCACCUGCAAGGAGACUUUCAACUUGUACUAUGUGGAGUCUGACUCCGACCUGGGCCGGAGCGUCCACGAGAACAAGCACACCAAGAUCGACACCAUCGCUGCUGACGAGAGUUUCACACAGGGGGACCUGGGCGAGCGCAAGAUGAAGCUGAACACCGAGCUGAGGGAGAUAGGGCACCUGAGCAAGAGAGGCUUCCACCUGGGCUUCCAGGACAUGGGCGCCUGUGUGGCGCUGGUCUCUGUGCGGGUCUAUUACAAGAAAUGCCUCAGCACCGUGCAGAACUUGGCCGUGUUCCCAGACACGGUGGCAGAGACGGCCUUCGCGACGCUGGUGGAAGUUAAGGGCACUUGUGUCACUCAUGCUGAGGUGGACGUGGAUAAUCCCCCCCGGAUGCACUGCAGCACUGAGGGCGAGUGGCUGGUCCCCAUCGGGAAAUGCACGUGUGGCCCCGGCUUUGAGGAGAAGGACGGGGGAUGCAGAGCUUGCCUUCCAGGAUUUUACAAGGUCUCCCUCCAUCUCUCUCUCUGCUCUCCAUGCCCUGAGCACAGCUUCACACACGAGGAAGCCUCCACGUUCUGUUCGUGCCAGAAGAACUAUUCCAGGUCUCCGUCAGACCCCCCGUCUGCGUCCUGCACACGCCCGCCCUCUGCCCCGAGGAACCUGGUGUACAGCCUGCGGCAGUCGUCCCUGGUGCUGCAGUGGAGUGCCCCGGCCGACGCCGGCGGCCGCAGCGACCUGACCUACAGCCUGUGGUGUGGCCGGUGCCCGGCGGGGCCGCGGGGCCGCUGCGAGCAGUGUGGCAGCAGCGUGGGCUUCGUGCCACAGCAGACGGGGCUGGUGGAGCCCACGGUCACCCUGGUGAACCUGCUGCCUCACGCCAACUACACCAUCCGCGUGGCAGCCCUCAACGGGGUCUCGGGGGUCAGCCCGCUGCCGGGGCCGCAGUACGCCGAGGUCAACGUGACCACUGGCCAUGCAGCACCAAAUCCUGUCACCGACAUCCGCACGGAUAAAGUGGAGCAGAAGAGCGUCUCCCUGUCGUGGCAGGAGCCAGGAUUCCAAACCUCCAACGGCACCGAGUACGAGGUCAAGUACUACGAGAAGGAUCAGAGAGAUCAAAGUUACUCAACUGUGAAAACCACAUCAACGGCCGUGACGGUCAAUAACCUGAAGCCUGGUACCCUCUAUAUCUUCCAAAUCCGAACAUCUUCCUCUCCAGACUAUGGGAACUACAACCCUGGCAUUGAAGUGGAGACGCUGGCAGAAUUGAGAGUGGCCUCCAGUGAGCAGAACCCCGUGCUCAUCAUCGUGGUGGUGGCCAUCGCGGGGCUGACGGUGCUGGUGUCCACCGUGAUCGGAGUGAUGGUCUGGAGGAGGCAAUGUGGGUACAGCAAAGCCAGCCAGGAUGGGGACGAGGAGCUGUACUUCCACUUUAAAAUACCGACCAGGAGGACGUACAUCGACCCCGACACCUGCGAAGAUCCCAUGCAGGCUGUGCACCUCUUUGCCAAGGAGCUGGAUAAUGCCAGCAUAAAAAUUGAGAGAAUCAUCAGGACAGGGGAGUUCGGGGAGCUGUGCCGGGGGUGCCUGAAGCUGCCCAGCAAGCGGGAGCUGCCCGUGGCCAUCCAGACGCUGCGGGCAGGCUGCUCCCAGAAGCAGCAGCUCUCCUUCCUGGCCGAGGCCUGCACCAUGGGCCAGUUCGACCACUCCAACGUCAUCCGCCUGGAGGGGGUCAUCACCAGAGGGAGCACCAUGAUGAUAGUGAUGGAGUACCUGGGGAAUGGCCUGCUGGACUCCUUUCUCAGGAAACACGAGGGGCAGUUGACGGGCUCGCAGCUGGUCUGCAUGCUGCAGGGCAUUGCCUCUGGCAUGGCCUACCUGGCAGAGAUGGGCUACGUGCACAAGAGCCUGGCUGCACACAAGGUCCUUGUGAGCAGCAGCCUGGUGUGCAAGAUCACGGGCUUCAGACGGCCACAGGAAGAUAAGAUGGAAACCAUCUUCUCCACCAUGCGAGGGAAGAGCCUGGUGCUGUGGUCAGCCCCCGAGGCCAUCCAGUAUCACCACUUCAGCCCAGCCAGCGACGUGUGGAGCUUCGGCAUCGUCAUGUGGGAGGUCAUGUCCUACGGCGAGAGACCCUACUGGGACAUGUCCCACCAGGACGUGAUGAAGGCUGUGGAGGACGGGUUCCGCCUGCCCGCCCCAGCCAACUGCCAGCCACCCCUGCACCAGCUGAUGCUCCAGUGCUGGCAGAAGGACCGCAGCCAGAGGCCCAAGUUCUCCCACAUCCACAAUGUCCUCAGCAAGCUGGUGCAGAGUCUGGAGCCCCCGAAGUGCCCCAGCUCCACGUGCCCCAGGUCCCAUGGCACAUCCAUCCCCUUCUCCGAGCGAACCUUCUCAGCCUUCCCAUCUUUCAGCUCUGUGGGCGAGUGGCUGGAAACGAUAGAAAUGGGCAGGUACAAAGACAACUUCACUGCUGCGGGCUACUGCUACCUGGAGUCGGUGGCCAGGAUGACAGCCCAAGACAUCCUCAGCCUGGGGAUCACGCUGGUGGAGCACCAGAAGACCAUCCUGAGUGGGAUCCAGACCCUGCGGGCCCAGGUGAUCCAGAUGCACGGCCGGGGAGUGCAGGUGUGAAGCAGGGCCCUGCAGAGGUGCAGAGCACCAGCCUGGCACUCCUGGGGAGGAGCUGCCCACUGGCCCCAGCUGGCCCUGCCUGUGAAACCUGGGGGUCUCAGGUGGGCUGUGGGAAUAUCUGGGUGCUGCCAAAUACGUCAUUCCAUGUAGCAGGAGAGCAGGGCCUCCGUCCCCUGAGCCGGGGCAGCCCAGGGUUCCUGGGAUAAUGUGUUAUGCCUGGGGGGACGUGGCUCUCCCUGGCACUGUUUUGUAAGAUGAGUCAAACUGUAGUGAUGCCAUUUUAGGUGGUAAUUGAGUUCACAGGGUGGGAUGGACUUUUGUGCACUGUCUUAAUCCAGAGCUGAUGUUUUUGUAUCUAGCAUUCUGCUGGUGAAUCCAUGGAUACUUUUAUACAACCUGACAGAUCCCAGCAACCCCACAAGGAGCUUUUAUUGCUUUUAUUUUUAGAGAGCAGAGCACAGCUCUCACCCAGCUCCCAGCUCCUGGGAGGUGACUUUCCCCAUCUGUGCUGAAGGAAAGUCUUUCCCAGCCGCAUCUCUUCUUCUCUGAGAGUUACUUCACUGAGUGUUUGACACCUCAGUUGGUGUCUCUGGUAAAGAGCAGAGCAAAUGGUGCUGCAUCCAAGCAAUCCAGGGCACAUCAGGCAGUCCAGGGCACAUCCACACUUUGUUUUGUGAGCACAGUGCUGCCUGCCUGCCACGCUGGCAGCUCCCAUGGCUGCAGCCUGAUCCCUGACGAAGACAUAAAUAGCAUCUCCUUAAUAAUACAAUUUCCUUCAAGUUAGUUCAUUAAAUGUGUCUUUGCAGCCCCGUACGGAGUUUUGUAGGGCAUUUAUUAUCAUCCAUAAGUAUUGUGAGUGAAUUAUUAAUGCUGGAAGGCAAAGGUUUACAAGCGGGAUGAAGGCUGUGGGAGAUGCUCACAGUGAGGCUGGAAAUCUGCUCCAGUCAGGCCUUCCUGUCAGCCUGCUCCCAGAGGAUGGGGAUCUGAGUGGGGAUUGAGUGAAGGGCCCUGGGGCAGCCCCUGGGUCCAGCACGGUGAUCGCUCUGCCCGCACACACUGUGAGCAAAACAAGCUCUCUCUCUUCAAACAACACUCCCCAAUGUCUCUUGGUUAGAGUUUUUAGCAGAAAUAAAUUAAGCCUGGCCCAUGUCCAGUCAGGUUGGUCACUUGCCAUCCCACUGUUUCCCACCCUGAAGAGGAAGAGCAGUGAACUGAGCUCUGCAUUUGGUGAAAUGCCCAAUCCCAAGGAUCAAGUGCAAUUUAUGUGUUCUUCAUGUUUACAUUUUAUCUAUAAAGUAUAUUACAGGUCUCUAGGCAGGGGGUUGAACCAGUUUGAUUCCAGGUCUUCUCCCCCUCUCCCUGCUCAUC